CAACCUGCCAUCAUCAUCACAGAAGUUCGCGCGACCCAUGAUAUAAGAGGACCAGAGUCAACCUCCAUCGAUCCUCUAUCAACCAAUAUCACUACUACUAUCCACAAUGUCCGCCGCUGAGACCAAGUCCGACGCUUUCAACUACCAGAUGUCUGGUUCCCAGACCAACCCCACCUCCAGACAUGAAGUCCACGAUGCCUUGAUCGGUGAGGUCAAGGACACUGAACCUAAGUCUCAGAAGAAGGCUUUCGAUGAGUCUUUCGAUAAGGAGGAUGCUGCUGAGGUUGCUAAGAAGGGAGACUAUGACGGUACCUACCACAAGGACUAAGGGAAGUCAGAAGUGGACAGUACGAGACUGGAGGUAACUGCAUUUGAUGAGUGUAUGAGU